CCCACUUUGGGGCUCCCCCAGCCCAGCUCUCCUGGUCCCCUCCCCCUACAUCUGGUCAGGCCCCGGAGGGGCUCCCCCAGACAACAGGCCACAAUUCAGCCCCCCCCCCCCACUCCUGAGACACCCCAACCCAGGGACCAACAGGAGCAAUAGACUGGGGCAAAAGCUCCUUGGUUAACCCUUUGUUAACCCCUCCAAACAGGCAUUUCUCCCCCACCCCCCACCUGUGUGUUUUAUUUUAAUUGCAAUGAUAUUUAUUAAACGAUUGUCUCGUGACUGUCAUGUUUGUGAUGGGUGACUGAUCAGCUGUGGGGGGUGUGUGUGUGUGUUUUGUUUGAACUUGGUGGGGGGGUUCGCUGUGGGGCAGGCUGUGGGGUACAACCCGCCUGCCACCACUGAGAUGGACAGGAGAUGGACAACUCACCCCAACCCACACAGCGAUAGGGGAAUAGACCCCAGGAGAGACACCCCGCCCGCCCCCAGGAGCGUGGGACCCGAGGGUAGAGAUUUAAAGGCCAGAGGGGACAACGAUGGCUGGGCCGAGGGGAUGGCCGGGCCCCGGAGGGGAUCCGCCCCUCCCGAUGCUUCCUGGAGCCGAAGGUUCAAAUCCCGGCUGGGGCUGGGGCAGUUGGCUGGCUGUGGAAGGGGUGGGGGUGUCCGUUGUCUGUCUGUCUGUCUGUCUCUAGCCCACCCGGGAGGCGAUGCCGGCGGCUUUGAUGACUGUUCUUUUCUCUUCAGUGUCAUUUGUUUUAUCCAGGAUGGCGGCAUGCGGGGGUGCCACUAAAAAUAAGCUCACGGUCUCUAAGCCCGUCUGGGACUUCCUGACCAAAGAGGCCCACUCCAAGCUGGUCAGGCUGAAGGAGGAGACCAAGCUGAGCAUCCUGAUCGAUGGGGAGACCUCAGAGAUCUACGUGCUGCAGCUCUCCACGCCGGCCCCCGGGGCCGGCAACGGCCUCUACCUGGCCCGCAAAGCCCUCAAGGCCUUGCUCAAGGAGACGGAGAAGGAGCUGAAGAAGGCACAGCGGCAGAGCGAGCUGGUGGGGUGCAUGGCCCUGCUGGACAAACCCGGGGGCGAGCUGCGCCCACACGGGGCCGGCGUGGUCUCCCGGGGUCAGCAGACCUCUGGGGCCAGGGCGGGGGGCCCAGGAGGGGGAGGGGGCCUGGGGGGGGCGGCGGGCUGCUCGCGGGAGGAAGAGCAGGAGAGCCAGUGCCCCAUCUGCCUGGGCGAGAUCCAGAACGUAAAGACUCUGGAGAAGUGCAAGCACUCCUUCUGCGAGGACUGCAUCACGCGGGCGCUGCAGGUCAAGCGGGCCUGCCCCAUGUGCGGGCGCUUCUACGGGCAGCUGGUGGGCAACCAGCCUGAGAACGGGCGCAUGCUGGUGUCCAAGGACUCGAGCCUGCUGCUCCCCGGCUACGAGAAAUACGGCACCAUCAUCAUCCAGUACGUCUUCCCGCCUGGCAUCCAAGGGGUGGAGCAUCCCAACCCCGGCGUGCGGUACCCGGGCACCACGCGGGUGGCCUACCUGCCCGACUGCCCAGAGGGGAACAAGGUGCUGGCCCUGUUCCGCAAGGCCUUCGACCAGCGCCUGACCUUCACCAUCGGCACCUCCAUGACCACGGGCAGAGCCAACGUCAUCACGUGGAACGACAUCCACCACAAAACCAACUGCACCGGGGGACCCCAGCUAUUCGGGUACCCCGACCCCACGUACCUUGCCCGGGUGCAGGAGGAGCUACGAGCCAAAGGCCUCACUGAGGAUUAACCCUUUCUCUGCUGCGGCUCCUGCUGCGGGACCAGGGGGCGACCCGGGGGGGGGGUCAGGACGGCCCCACAGCGUCUCCUGUCCAGCUGGGCCCGGGGCGGCCACGCAUCCCUCAAGGCAAGGUGCUUCGCCGGCUCCGCCCUGGAUUGCGGCUGUCAGCGCCAGAGCCCCUCCCCACUGCCAGGGCUCCUUGGAGGGGCGGGCGGGGGGAGUGUGAGUGUGUGACCGGGGCGUGUCUGGAGCGGGUAGUGAGAUCAAGUGCAUGUGUGUGUGAGAGUGAGAGACCAGGGGUUGUGUGUGCAGGGGGUGAGGGGUGUGUGGCUGU